CAACCCACCUCCCUUGGAGACUAGAAGCUGCUUUCGCGCGGGAGCAGGUGAGGCCUGAGCUGAAGAUGGUCCUCGAGGAAGACUCGGCGUGGAUGCCCUGGCUCCCCGUCCUGGUGGUGUCCCUCGUGUGCUCGGCCAGGGCGGAGUACACCAACUGUGGGGAGAACGAGUACUACAACCAGACCACGGGGCUGUGCCACGCGUGUCCCCCCUGUGGGCCAGGGGAGGAGCCCUACAUGUCCUGCGGCUACGGCACCAAAGACGAGGACUAUGGCUGUGUCCCCUGCCCAGCGGAGAAGUUCUCCAAAGGAGGCUACCAGAUAUGCAGGCGUCACAAGGACUGCGAGGGCUUCUUCCGGGCCACCGUGCUGACGCCGGGCGACAUGGAGAAUGACGCCGAGUGUGGGCCCUGCCUGCCUGGCUACUACAUGCUGGAAAACAGACCCAGGAACAUCUACGGCAUGGUGUGCUACUCCUGCCUGCUGGCACCCCCCAGCGCCAAGGAAUGUGUGGGAGCCACGUCGGGAGCUUCCGCCCACUUCCCCAGCACCUCCGGCAGCAGCACGCUGUCUCCCUUCCAGCACGCCCACAAAGAGCUCACAGGCCAAGGCCACCUGGCCACCGCCCUGAUCAUCGCCAUGUCCACCAUCUUCAUCAUGGCCAUCGCCAUCGUGCUCAUCAUCAUGUUCUACAUCGUGAAGACAAAGCCUUCCGCCCCAGCCUGCUGCAGCAGCCACCCAGGGAAGAGCGUGGAGGCCCCGGUGAGCAAAGAGGAGGAGAAGAAGGAGUCUCCAGACAAUGUGGUGAUUUUCUCUGAGAAGGACGAGUUUGAGAAGCUCACAGCAGCUCCAGCAAAGACCACCAAAAGCGAGAAUGAUGCCUCGUCGGAGAACGAGCAGCUGCUGAGCCGCAGCGUGGAUAGUGAUGAGGAGCCCGCCCCGGACAAGCAGGGCUCCCCAGAGCUGUGCCUGCUGUCUCUGGUCCACCUGGCCAGGGAGAAGCCCGCCACCUGCAGCAAGUCAGCCGGGAUCCAAAGCCGAAGGAAAAAGAUACUGGAUGUGUAUGCCAACGUGUGUGGGGUGGUAGAAGGUCUCAGUCCCACGGAGCUGCCAUUUGACUGCUUGGAGAAAACCAGCCGGAUGCUGAGCUCCACGUACAACUCCGAGAAGGCCGUGGUGAAAACCUGGCGCCACCUGGCCGAGAGCUUUGGCCUGAAGCGGGACGAGAUCGGCGGCAUGACGGACGGGAUGCAGCUGUUUGACCGCAUCAGCACCGCGGGCUACAGCAUCCCGGAGCUGCUCACCAGGCUGGUGCAGAUCGAGCGGCUGGACGCCGUGGAGUCCCUGUGCGCGGACAUACUGGACUGGGCGGGGGCCACGCCGCCUGCUUCCCAGCCCCCCGCUGCCUCCUGA